AACAGCAGCAAUCUGUGGACUUCGGCGUCGCAGCACACGACAGGGAACUCGAACUCGUUUCAACACAGCAGUGGUUCCACUCUCAGACCUUACUCCGCUGCACAUCAGCAGAAGUCUAGUGUAUCCACCGCUGCGACAGACAUGGGUGAACACUCCAAUGCAGAGGACGACAGCUACAGCAGCAUGGAUGAGAACAAAGUGAUGUUGAAACCGCAUGACGAGAGCGACAUGGUAAGCGAAGCAGAAGAGCAGCUGCUGCAACAGGCCGAGACGAAGCCAAAGAAGCAACCGGGAAGUUUCCGCAAACGAGUGGACUCGGCCAGCAGCCGCAUCAGACAAGGCAGCUUUGUGUCGCUCAUUGGAGAAGAGAGAACCGGAGACAACUUGAUCACAGCUCCUCAGUGUCUCAUGCAUCUCCUAAAGGGUAUGAUUGGGAGUGGUUUGCUUGCCCUGCCCCACGCCUUCUCUCUCGUGGGUAUAGUGGCGGGACCCAUCUACAUGGCAGUGAUCUGUGUGAUAGCUCUGGUGGCCAUGAACUUCCUAGUGGAUGCGAAUAGACACCUCUGCAAAGUGGAGAGAGUGUCACAUAUGGACUAUGGCGACUUAGCCGAAUGCGCCAUAAGGCAUGGACCAAUUCAGCGUCUACGUCGUCACAGCCACUGGGGUAAGGCAAUAGUGAACUUCCUGUUGAUUCUGACCCAGCUGGGCUUCUGUGCAAUCUAUUUCGUCUUCUUCGCCGAAACUGUUCAAUCUAUCAUGGACGACUACGAUGCUCACAAACAUAUAGAUGUCCACAUCCUCAUCACCUGCUUCCUAUUACCCGUCGUUCUCAUCUGCCUCAUUAGAAACCUGGCGCUACUGGCAGUGUUCUCACUACUAGCAAAUGUUCUUCUGUUCGGAGGUUUGGCUGUGAUCGUGUAUGAAUUGUUCGAUGAUAUUCCCAGUCCAUCCGAACUGCCAGCCUUCGAGUCUAUCACAAACAUACCGCUCUUCUUCGGCACAGCUAUCUACUGCGUCGAAGGCAUAGGUCUGGUGCUACCACUGGAAAACAAAAUGCGAAAACCAGAACAGUUCAAACCAGUGUUCAACGCAGGAAUGGUGUUCGUAUUUCUACUGUACCUAUUGUUCGGUUUCCUGGGAUACAAUAAGUUUCACGAGGACAUACAAGGCUCUAUUUCAUACAACUUGCCUAAAGAGUGGUACUUUGCAGCCACCAAAGUAGUGUUCGCUAUAGCAAUGUACGUCACAUAUGCUCUUCAGUUUGUAGUUCCUGUGAGGAUUCUAAUGCCGUGGGUAAACACGAAGUUCCCUUAUGGAUCCGAAGAUAUUCGGGAAUAUUUGUUCAGACUGGUUCUAAUUAUGUUCACGUUUAUUGCCGCAAUAGCUAUUCCGUACUUAGACAAAGUCAUUAACUUGCUAGGGUCAGUUGCGAGUUCGAGCCUGGCUCUUUCUCUUCCGGCGAUAAUCAUGGAGUUAUCAUUGCACACCAACACCUCCAUUUCCAAGACUAGGAAGUUCGUUUACAGAGUAUUGGUGGUGAUCUUGGUUGUCGUUGGGGUCACAGGGGGUAUCGUUGGGACAGUGAUGUCUUUUGAAGAUAUUAUCAAGGCGUUCACAGCUGCCGAUUCAACCCAUCUAAUCAACCCAACCACCAUUGCUCCAAAUACGACAAUGAACCUUGCAGAUUACAUUUUGAAUGUCGGCUCACAGGAGUAAAGCUACCAAAUACUUUUCUUAAUGAAUGAGCUUCCUGUGUUAAAUGGAAAAUGCUUGUCCAGAUUAAGGGCAAUUAAACAUUCAUGCAGGUUUGUUAUGAAUGUUAAUGUAAAUUAAACUCGCUUUAUUAGAAUUUCGCUGAAUGAAGCCCAUUAUUGAGGCUUAUUGGUUCACUUCUAUGAAAGUAGCUUCUAUUUUAGUUUUACUUUGGUCAGAUGCCGGUGCUAACUAAUUAAUUCUGUGGCUUUUUCAUUGAUAUUUUUUAUUCUUUUGUCGAUUUGUUCAUAUAAUUAUGUGUAUAUUUGAUUUUGCCGAACUCAAUAAAGUUUAUGAUGUGUG